GGAAGGAAGGAAGGAGCGGCUCCUUCGAGGUGGGAUCGGGACCCUCAGAAAGCAGCUGUGUUCCUGUGCUGUUUACUUGGAAGUAAAUUCUGUUGGUGUUAGUAGGAUUUAAUCUCAGCCAGCUCUAGACGGGGGCCCUUCCUCCUUCAAGAGGCUUGGUCCUGCCCGAUCGGGACCCUAGGGAGAUAAUUUGGAAUCUCAUCCUGGGGAGAAGGAGCCCCGGCGCCCUCCUUGACUCGUCCAGGAGCUAACAGUCUCCUUCCAUCAUGGCUGAUCCCAUCAUGGACCUCUUUGAUGACCCCAACCUCUUUGGCUUGGACUCGUUGACGGACGAGAGUUUCAACCAGGGCCCCCCGGAUCCCAUCGAGGAGGCUUUGGGGCUUCCCGGUGGGGCCUUGGAUUCUCUUGAGGGAGGCUCUAAGGAGCUGCAGGCAACCCCACAGCCUGAAACCCCCCAAACACAGACUCUGCCCCUCCCGGAGACGCAGUCCGAGGCGGUGCCCGAACUGUCACAACAAGACCAACCUGGACUUCUGCAGGCCUCCCAGGACCAAGAGGUCCUCAGCCAGGGCAACCCUUUCAUGGGCGUCUCCUCCACGACCACCACGCCGGUGGUGGCCCCUCCAGCUUCGCAACCCCACAGCCUGAAACCCCCCAAACACAGACUCUGCCCCUCCCGGAGACGCAGUCCGAGGCGCUUCGUCGGCCGGAGCGCCGCAGAGCAGACGUCGGCCGGAGCGCCGCAGACCACGCUGGCGGCCCCGCCUGCUCCGGCGGCCCCCAAGAUUGUCAUCCUGAAAGCACCGGCGGGCAGUUCCAUGACGGGCGCCCACGUGGCCCAGAUCCAGGCCCAGCCUAUCGGGGCGGCCAAUGGGGGCAAAGUCACCUUUGCCAAGGUGUUGACAGGCACCCCCUUGCGGCCGGGCGUUUCCAUUGUUUCGGGCAACGCGGUGCUUGCCACCAAAGUGUCCCCCGGAGCUGGGACUCCUGCCACACUCCACCGUCUUGUGCAGCCGGGCCGGCCUGUGAAGCAGCUGGUGCUGCAGCCUGUCAAGAGCCAGGCCGGGCCAACAAGUACUGGGACCACGCCACUCAAACCUGCUGUGACUCUGACCUCCGCUCCUGCACAGGGAGAAUCCAAACGCAUCACCUUGGUCCUCCAGCAACCCCCAGCCGGCGGCGGCGCCCCGGGGCAACGGCACGUAGUCCUGGGUAGCCUCCCAGGUAAAAUUGUGCUCCAGGGGAACCAGCUGGCCGCCUUGAGCCAAGCCAAGGGGGUGCCCGGGCAGCCUGCCAAGGUCGUCACCAUCCAGCUUCAGGUCCAGCAACCUGGACAGCAGCCGCAACCUGGUGGCCAGCCGGGAACUCAGAAGAUCCAGCUUCUGCAGCAGCCCGCGGCCAAUGCCUCCGGGCCACAACAGGCUCCCUUGAGCGUCUCUUCAGUCCAGCAGGCCCAGGUGGUGGGCGGCUCAGGGCAGAGGGUCACUGUCCCCCUCAAGGUUGUGCUGCAGCCGCAGGCCAGUUCAUCCCAAGGCAGCUCUUCGGGGCUCUCUGUGGUCAAGGUGCUGAGCAGUAGCGAGGUAGCGGCCCUUCCGUCCUCUAGCGGGACGACGCGGAGCAGCUCGGACGAAUCCCGCAAGCUGGAACACCAGAAGAAGCAGGAGAAAGCGAACCGGAUCGUGGCCGAGGCCAUCGCCCGGGCUCGGGCCCGGGGGGAGCAGAACAUCCCCCGCGUGCUGAACGAAGACGAGCUGCCCAGCGUCCGGCCCGAAGAGACGGGGGAGCGCAAGCGACGGCGGAAGGGUGGGGGCGAGCGGCCCCCCAAGGAGGAGCGGCCGCGCAAGGGCCGAGGGCAAGGCGGGUCUGGGAAGACCAAAGGCCGGGGAAAGCCCAGCACCAUCACACCCGUCGUCGGGAAGAAACGAAAACGCAACGCUUCUUCAGAUAACUCGGAUGCUGAGGUAAUGCCGGCCCAGUCUCCUCGUGAGGAGGAGGAAAGCAGUGUCCAGAAGCGACGCUCCAACCGUCAGGUGAAACGGAAGAAAUACACGGAAGAUCUGGAUAUCAAGAUCACAGACGAUGAGGAAGACGAGGAGCUGGACGUGACGGGGCCAGUGAAGACCGAGCAGCCGCCCGCCCCGGAGCCCCCAGCUCCAGAACCCAUCCCUGAGGGGGAGACGCUGCCUUCCUUGCAGUUCUUUGUGGAAAAUCCCAGUGAGGAAGAUGCUGCCAUUGUAGACAAAGUACUUUCCAUGAGAGUGGUGAAGAAAGAGCUCCCCAACGGACAGUUCACGGAGGCAGAAGAAUUCUUUGUGAAAUACAAGAACUACUCGUAUUUGCAUUGUGAAUGGGCCACGAUUGCUCAGCUGGAGAAAGACAAGAGGAUCCACCAGAAACUGAAACGCUUUAAGACCAAAAUGGCUCAAAUGAGACACUUCUUCCAUGAGGACGAGGAGCCUUUCAACCCAGACUACGUGGAGGUCGACCGGAUCCUGGAUGAGUCGCACAGCAUCGACAAGGACAACGGAGAGCCCGUGAUCUAUUACCUCGUCAAGUGGUGCUCCCUGCCCUAUGAGGACAGCACGUGGGAGCUCAAAGAGGACGUGGAUGAAGGGAAGGUCAGAGAAUUCAAACGGAUCCAGUCAAGGCACCCUGAACUCAAACGGGUGAUUGGGGGUUUUAAGGAAGGCCAGUCUCUUAGUAGUUACCCCCUUGUUACCCCCUCAGAGCAAAACUGCAUCCUGGCUGACGAGAUGGGCCUGGGCAAAACCAUCCAGUCGAUCGCCUUCCUGCAGGAGGUUUACAACGUGGGCAUCCGAGGGCCCUUCCUGGUCAUCGCCCCCCUCUCCACCAUCACCAACUGGGAGCGUGAGUUCAACACCUGGACCGAGAUGAACACCAUCGUCUACCACGGCAGCCUGGCUUCCCGCCAGAUGAUCCAGCAAUACGAGAUGUACUGCAAGGAUUCCCGGGGCCGCCUGAUUCCGGGGGCCUACAAGUUCGACGCCCUCAUCACCACCUUUGAGAUGAUCCUGUCGGACUGCCCGGAACUGAGGGAGAUCGAGUGGCGCUGUGUCAUCAUCGACGAAGCCCAUCGCCUGAAGAACCGGAACUGCAAGCUGUUGGACAGCCUGAAGCACAUGGAUCUGGAACACAAGGUGUUGCUGACUGGCACCCCCCUCCAGAACACGGUGGAAGAACUCUUCAGCCUCCUGCACUUCCUCGAGCCCUCCCAGUUCCCUUCCGAGUCGGAGUUCCUCAAGGACUUUGGCGAUCUCAAGACGGAGGAGCAGGUUCAGAAACUGCAGGCCAUCUUGAAGCCCAUGAUGCUUCGGCGGCUGAAGGAGGACGUCGAGAAGAACCUGGCCCCGAAGCAGGAGACCAUCAUCGAGGUGGAGCUGACCAACAUCCAGAAGAAGUACUACCGGGCCAUCCUGGAGAAGAACUUCAACUUCCUGUCCAAAGGGGCCGGGCACAGCAACAUGCCCAACCUCCUCAACACCAUGAUGGAACUGCGCAAGUGUUGCAACCACCCCUACCUCAUCAACGGUGCGGAGGAGAAGAUCCUGACCGAAUUCCGGGACUCCUGCCACCACCACGUGCCCCACGACUUCCCCCUCCAGGCCAUGGUGCGCUCCUCGGGAAAGCUGGUGCUGAUCGACAAGCUGCUUCCCAAGCUGAAGGCCGGCGGGCACAAGGUUCUGAUCUUCUCUCAAAUGGUCCGUUGCCUGGACAUCCUUGAGGACUACCUCAUCCAGAAGAGGUAUUUAUACGAGCGCAUUGACGGGCGAGUGCGGGGGAACCUGCGGCAAGCAGCCAUCGACCGCUUCAGCAAGCCCGACUCGGACCGCUUUGUCUUCCUUCUCUGCACCCGGGCAGGAGGGCUCGGCAUCAACCUGACAGCUGCCGACACCUGCAUCAUCUUUGACUCCGACUGGAACCCCCAGAAUGACCUGCAGGCCCAAGCCCGCUGCCACCGCAUCGGUCAGAGCAAAGCGGUGAAGGUGUACCGUCUCAUCACCCGCAACUCUUACGAGCGCGAGAUGUUCGACAAAGCCAGCCUCAAGCUGGGGCUGGACAAGGCCGUCCUGCAGUCCAUGAGCGGGCGAGAGGGCAGCAUCGCUGGGAUCCAGCAGUUUUCCAAGAAAGAAAUCGAGGACUUGCUGCGGAAGGGGGCCUACGCGGCCAUCAUGGAAGAGGACGACGAGGGCUCCAAGUUCUGUGAGGAAGACAUCGACCAGAUUCUGCUUCGGCGGACAACCACCAUCACCAUCGAGAGUGAGGGGAAAGGGUCGACCUUUGCCAAGGCGAGCUUUGUGGCUUCCGAGAACAGGACCGAUAUUGCCCUGGACGACCCCAACUUCUGGCAGAAGUGGGCCAAGAAGGCAGAUUUGGACCUUGAUAUGCUCAACAGCAAGAACAACCUGGUGAUCGACACGCCCCGGGUGCGCAAGCAGACUCGCCACUUCAGCACCCUGAAGGAUGAUGACCUGGUCGAGUUCUCCGACCUGGAGAGCGACGACGACGACCGGCCACGCUCCCGGCGCCACGACCGGCACCACCACCCGCUCCACCAUUCCUACGGGCGCACGGACUGCUUCCAGGUGGAGAAACAACUGCUGGUCUAUGGCUGGGGUCGUUGGCGGGAGAUCCUGGCGCACGGGCGUUUCAAGCGGCGGAUGUCCGAGCGGGACGUGGAGACCAUCUGCCGCGCCAUCUUGGUGUAUUGCCUCAUGCAUUACCGGGGCGACGAGAACAUCAAAGGCUUCAUCUGGGAUCUCAUCAGCCCCGUGGAGAACGGGAAGGCCAAAGAACUUCAAAACCACUCCGGCCUGUCCAUCCCAGUCCCGAGGGGCCGCAAAGGGAAGAAGGUCAAGUCCCAGACCACCUUCGACCUCCAGAAAGCUGAAUGGAUCCGCAAGUACAACCCCGACACCCUCUUCCAGGAUGAGGGCUAUAAGAAGCAUCUCAAGCACCAGUGUAACAAGGUGCUCUUGCGGGUUCGCAUGCUUUACUACCUACGCCAAGAGGUGAUUGGGGACCAAGCGGAGAAAGUGUUGGCAGGCGCCACUUCCAGUGAAAUCGACAUGUGGUUCCCACUUCUGGAUCAAGCAGAAGUCCCCACGACGUGGUGGGAUACGGAGGCUGACAAGUCUUUGCUCCUUGGAGUCUUCAAACACGGUUACGAGAAAUACAACACGAUGCGAGCUGACCCAGCGCUGUGCUUCCUGGAGAAGGCCGGUCGCCCAGAUGAGAAGGCCAUCGCUGCUGAGCACCGCCUGGAUGUGGGCGAGGGCGUGGAUUUUGACAAAGAUUGCGAAGACCCAGAAUACAAACCGGUGGGAGGCCCAGCAAAAGAGCCGGAUGGCGAGGGUGACCCCCUGAUGAUGAUGGACGAGGAAAUAUCCGUGGUGGAUGGAGAGGAAGGCCAACCAGGGACCCUGUUCUGGCCCCCGGCCUCAGCGCUCACAGCCCGUUUGCGGAGGCUGAUCACCGCCUUCCAGCGGAGCUACAAGCGCGAGCAGCUCAAGAUGGAGGCUGCUGAGCGAGGGGACCGGCGUCGCCGGCGUUGCGAGGCGGCCUUCAAGCUGAAGGAGAUGGUGCGGCGGGAAAAGCAGCAAAGGUGGACGCGUCGAGAGCAGUCAGACUUUUACCGCGUGGUCUCCACGUUUGGGGUGGAGUACGACCCGGACACCCUGCGCUUCCACUGGAACCGCUUCCGGGCCCUGGCCCGCCUGGACAAGAAGACGGACGAGAGCCUCGCCAAGUAUUUCCACGGUUUCGUGGCCAUGUGUCGGCAAGUCUGCCGGCUACCGCCGGCCGCGAGCGAUGCAGCAGCAGCUGCUCCGCAGCCUCUUUCCGGGGCCGGCGGGACUCCCGCUCCGUCUCCUUUGCUUCUGCCUCCGCCCUUGCAUGAGCUGCCUGCGCCCCCCCAGCCCCAGCCUCUCCCGGUGAAGACGGAAUCCGCCGACGACUCCGAUUCCGAGCUGGACCUCAGCAAGAUCUCGGCUUCUUCUUCCGGCUCUUCCACCUCGGGAUGUUCCGAUGACAGCGAAGGUGAAGAGGCCUCUUGUGGAGGGAAACUGUUUGAGGAAGAGGAGUCGCUGCUGUCCCUGCCCACCUCCCAUGAGGGCAACUCGCCGCAGCCCAGCGCUUCGGAUCUGCUCCUGCAGGAACGCCAGCGGGCUCACGAGUGGCCAAAGGACCGGGUUCUCAUCAACCGCAUCGACUUGGUGUGUCAGGCGGUGCUGUCCGGGAAGUGGCCCACCACGCAGCUGGGCCAGGUGGGUCCCUGCCUCGGCCACGGAGAGGGGCUGCCGCGCUUGCACGGAGAGUACACCAGCUCGCCCAUCCCGCACAUCUGCCCCCUGGCGGGCGGGACGCAGGAAGAAGGAGCGACGUCUUUCACCCGCCUCCGGCAUGGCGGCCAAGAAAAGGAGUUCACUGUGCAGAUCAAAGAUGAAGAGGGGAUCAAACUGACCUUCCAGAAGCACAAACUGAUCCCCAACGGCACCGUGCGGGAUCGCCCUGCCCUCACCCAAAAGAAAAGCAACAAGAAGAUGGUGGAGCUGGAGCUCCAGUGUCUGGAAUCCUUGCGGGGCCCCGAUAUUGACCUCGAGGCCCGAAUCCCCGUGGUCAACAAGACGGACGGGACCCUUCUGGUGGGUGACGCAGCUCCCCGGCGGGCAGACCUCGAAGUGUGGUUGCAGGCUCACCCGGAGUAUGCUGUGGACCCUCGCUUCCUGGCUUAUAUGGAGGAGCGUCGGAAGCACCGAUGGCCCCGGUUUCCAAAGCCAGUUCCGAUAGAGCCGAGCUGCCUGGUGGGGCUGGAGCGGAUGCAAGCGGCCGGUAUCUCAGCCAACGGCAAGAAGGGGUUUCUGCCCGAUCCCACAACCAACCGCCUUCUGCCGGGACCCGUCGGGGUGGACAGUGCCCAGAAGCGGGGCCGACAAACCCCCAUGGAGUUCUCCAACAUGAUGGCUCUGAUGGGAGCUGGCCGAGUCCAGCUCGGAGCCGCCGGGCCCCUCUCCUUACACCAUGCCCACUUUCAAGCCGGCCCGGCGCACGGAUCUCCCUUACAGUACAUGCCCUUCUCGGCCACUGCCGCCGCCACCGCCACUUCCUCCUCCACCCCCCUGCUCCAUCCCGCCCUCAGCCACGCCGGCUACGCCACGGGCCCCUUGCACCUGGGCCACCCCCCGCCCGUCGACGAGGACGAGGAGGAAGAUGAGAUGGACGACUUGUCUCAGGGCUACGCCAGCUCGGAGCGGGACUUCUCGUUGCUCGACGACGACCCCAUGAUGCCGGCCAACUCCGACUCCAGCGACGAAGGGGGCGACGAUUGAGGACAGAGGGGCGCGGACGCCACGCCGGCCCAGCUUGGCUGGGAGUCGCCGUCCCCCUUCUCUUGAUGUUUAAAAUUGGACGGGCCAGAGGCCACCCGACCUGAUCGGAGCCCACGGGCUGGUUGGGUUCCUUUUGCGAUCCGUGCGGCUUGUCGGGAGGGCGAAAGGGGGGGUCCCUCCCGCCCCUCACCGGGGUUGUUGGCUUGGGAAACCGCUCCUCCUUCCAAUGGGUGCUCCUGUGUGGCUUUUAAAAUGGAAAACGGAAAGGAAACGGCUUUCGGUGUGGUCGGACUUAUCUCUCUUCUGGCACUUGGUACCCACCAGGUUGCAGCCUUUCGGUUUGCCGGCUUGCUCUGCCCCGAGCAGAGAAGGGACGCCACAGCCGGGGGCUCCUCAGUCUCACCAAGAUGAAAUGGGUUAUAGGUAGCAACUCUCUUUUUUUCGUUGGUUUGUUAUUUUUCUUUCCUGGCUCUGCCCACAGCCCUGCUCCAUUUCCCUCCCACCUCGCCCCCCACCCCCAGAGUCAUGUGCUUUCAACAUAAAAGUACAAAACGGGAGGGUGGGGUGUCUCUUUUUCCUUUCCCGUCGUCCCCCUCUCCCAUCUUUCCAAGUGGGUGUGGGGGGGUUAUAUUUAUAAAUAUGUAAUAUGUCUUGUGUAAUAUGGCCGAAGCUGUGGGGAUGAAUUGUGGGGGGAGUCGAGUCACACGAGGGUGGGUUUUGGGGAGGGGAGGGGUGGCCCAGGGGCUGUGGAGGAAGAGACGAUAGAGGUUCCUGUAGCUGGAUUCUCCUUUUUUUCCCUCUCUCUCUCUCUCUUUUGUUUCUUUUUUUUUAAUAAAAAGAACAAAAAUGCACAAAAAAUUUUACCCCUCCCAAUCCUCUAUUCGUUCAUCGUGUUGUAUCAAUUGCAUAAAAACCUUCCUAAGAAUUGAGACGUG